GUGUUUGUUGCUUGCUGUAUUAAUCUGUGGCAUGUUUGCAUUAGAGUGCUGCUUUAACUGGGCCCCAGUGAUUACUAAUUGAACUUGGCUGAGACUGUAUCCUGAUGGCUCUGCUGUGCUUGCGUGUUAUCUGCUGUGUCUCUGGCCAAUGUUGUGUGCUGUUUCCAGUUUCACUUGGCUUUCACUGACUCCCCAGUGCUUUUGGCGGUUCUGCUGCUCGACUGUGUUGACCGACACUACUGCCGUCCACCAUGCUGCCCCUGGCACUGCUGACUGUCCUGUCAAGCUGGAGUCUUGCUGUGCAUGGUGAUGUGGUGUCUCGUUUCCAUGACCUGCCUUCCUGCCUGGAGUUCUUCUACCGUGCCUCACCCCCCUUGGGCUUUGUGGCGGUGUCCCAGGUGCACAUCUGCCAGCGGCUGUCAGGAACUGUGUACUACGCUACGCUGUUUGACCCCGCUGGACGCCUGCCCAUCUAUUCUGCCUUCAUCUACAAGUAUCGGAAAUCCGACGUCGCCCGAGGGAAAGGUGUUCAUCGCGUCUGGAAGUACGAGCCCCAGCUGGCCGAGCCCCAGGCCGACGGGAACAUGACGGAGAUUGGGCCAGCGGCCCUGUCGGAUAACGCCGUGCGUCGGAGCCAGGCGGUGGGGGGCAAGUUCCCGGCUCGCCCUCCGAAGGGCGACGGUCCGCCCCACGUCCGGGUGAUGCUGAACCCCGCCAACCUGCAGGGCAGCUGGGCGAGCCGGAGCGCCGCCUACACCGUCACCAACGCCGUGGCCGUGCCGCGCCCCUUCUACCACAAGCAAUGGAAGCCGGGCCUCAAGGACGUGCUGAGCCGCAUCCGGCAGGAGUGUCGCCAGUCCGCCGCUUACUUGGUGUCAGGCGCCGUGCGGGGACGCCGGAGCCGGGAGACCUGGGUGCCGCCCGUUGGCAAGGGCAGGGCGGCCAGCCCCCAUCUGCUCUGGCUGACCUACUGCUGCAGCAACGGGGUGAGCGGCGCCCUCCUGGCGCAAACCCCCAACGCUGGCCAGCCCGCUGCCUCCCACCGGUCGCUCUCCCUGGGCGAGCUGGAGGAGGAACUGGCCUCCCGCCUGGGGCGCAGGCGGAUCCGCAUCUACCAGGGUGGCUGCAGCCCCCUCUAGACCAGGGGAAGGCUGCAGGCUGGAGGCUGAGAACUCGUCUCUUCCCGCAAGCGCUCAUUACCUUUAAAUAAAGCAUGAA